CAGCAAAACCAUUUCCUCGGCGGCCCAUCACCAAAACCCAUAAACCCUCCUCUCCCCGCUUCCCUCCCUCCUCUCUAGGGUUUCUCUCCCACAUCGCCGCCGCCCUCUCGCCAUGGCCGCCGACACCUCAAAGCCCUUCUUCCCCGCCGCACCGCACACCUCCCUCCUCCCAUCCCAUGGAAACCCCAACCGUCUCUCGCCAGAGGCCUCCUACUGGCGCAACUUCCGCUCCUCGGAGCUCGAAACCGGCUCCCAAUUCCCCGUCACCCACCUCACCUUCUCCGCCGCCCACGCCACCCCCACGCUCGCCGCCGUUUGGUUCAACACCGUCCGCCUCUUCUCUGGCGAUCCCCUUGCGCCGCGCCCCAAGAUAUCCGUCUUGAAGGAUGAUUUCGCUUAUUCCCCUUCCUUCCGCUCCGACGGCGCCCUCCUCGCCGCUGGGGACAAGAAAGGCGUCGUCCGCGUCUUCCGCGUCGACAAGCCGACUUCAGGUCCGCUACGUACGCUCCGUGCCCACUCCGCCGAGACCCGCGUAGUCAGGUACCCGGUGGCCGGCGCCGACAAGAUCCACCUCCUCACCGCGGGGGACGACGCGCUUCUUGCCUACUGGGAUGUCCCCUCUGAAACGCCCCUCUUCACCGUCCCUGCCGCCCACCGCGACUACAUCCGCGCCGGCGCCCCGUCCCCCGCCGACCACAACCUUUUCGUCACUGGCUCCUACGAUCACGGCGUCAAAUUGUGGGAUGCCCGUACCGGAAAAGCUCCGUCCCUAUCUUUCUCUCAUGGCGCCUCGGUGGAGAGCGUGCUGUUCCUGCCAUCCGGUGGAUUGCUAGCCACAGCGGGAGGGAACAUGGUGAAGAUUUGGGAUGUAAUUGGUGGGGGUCAGCUUGUGCACUCGGUGGAAAGCCAUGUCAAGACUGUAAUGGCACUUGCGCUCGGGAAGAUGGACAACACUGGGGAAACACGGCUGCUUAGUGCAGGGAGUGAUGGUUAUUUGAAGAGUUUUGAUUAUGGGAAGCUUAAGAUCACACACUCAAUGCGGUACCCGAAGCAACUACUGUCUGUGGCAUGCUCACCUUGUGGGACUGUGCUUGUUGCUGGGUCAUCAAAGGGUGAUAUUUAUGUGCGGAGAAGGAAAAAGAAGACGAUAGAGGAGGAGCAAGGUGGGAAGGUUGGUGUGUUUGAUUGGGCAUCGCCCAAGCCAGAGAAGAAGGUGCUGAGAUCGGGGAACUAUAGGUACUUCCUCCGUGGUCAGAAUGAAAAGCCCAGGGAGGGUGACUUUGUGAUUGAGAAACCUAAGAAGGUAAAAUUCGCAGAGCAUGACAAGUUGCUGAGGAAGUUCAUGCACAAGGAGGCACUAGUUUCAGCAUUAGCUAAGAACAACCCAAGGAGCACUGUGGCUGUGAUGGAGGAGCUAGUUGCAAGGAGAAAGCUGGUGAGGUCCAUUGGUAAUUUGGAUGUGGAGGAACUCGGGUUGCUCCUGGAGUUCCUGCACCAGAACGCGACCUUGCCAAGGUAUGCAAGGUUCUUGCUGGGUGUGUCAAACAGGGUGCUGGAGAUGCGCGCAGAGGACAUUCGCUCGGAUGGGAAGCUGAGGGGCUACAUCAGGAAUCUUAAGAGAAUGGUUGCAGAGGAGAUUCAGAUACAGCAUGCAUUGCAGGGGAUUCAAGGGAUGAUAUCCCCCAUGCUUGCACUUGCAAGUAGAUGAAAAGGUGUUGUUCUUCGAAGGGGAUUUUUGUUGUCUGUUUGAUUGCAAUGAGGGCUGUCAUACGUGAUGAUGUAUGUUAGUUUACACUUUAGAGACCCAUGCUUGUUACCGAAAUUUUUGGCUUGCUACUGAUCGAGUUAUGUGCCUAAACUUCUGAUCAGAUUAUCUUUCUAUUAUUCUCAUUUUGAUGAAGUGCAGUACCGAUAUUCUACUUUUGGUAAUUCCAUCAAAAUAUAAUCUCUGUGAUGCUUUGCUCAA